GUACGAGCAUUUGUGUCCUAUUGUGCAUUCUACAUGCAGGGCUUGGUGAGCUGCAGCCUAUCAACAUAACAUUUGGUGAUGUCACGCAAGUAGUUAUGUUCGAAGGCCAAGAUAAAACCAUCAAUGUUUCAGUAGUUUCUUACGAUGGUGCCGUUUCCGUUUUCUUCGACAGUGAAAACUCGUACACAUUUGAAGUUAUGAACCAGACAUUCGCCCGACUUGAAAUGAAUAACGAUAGCCAUUUUCCUGUGACCGCCCAAGUGACUCUUAAAGGACGACACAUUGGCAUUUCUAAUCUUCGGGUUUUUAUGUCAGCAGUGGGAUCUACCAAUAGUACUCAGGUUGCAUCUCUAAAAGUGAAGGUUAAUGUCGGAAAUUUUUUGAUCCAGGGGAUUCUCCAGUAUAUUUUCUAUAUCCCUUUGGUCUGUAUAUUCUUCAUGAUGGGAGCGAGUAUGGAUCUCGAAGAAAUCGCAAGUUGUUUCAAGCAUCCAAUCCCGAUCUUCGUCGGAUUCUUUUGUCAGUUCGCCAUCAUGCCCGCUUUAUCGCUGGGUAUUGUGAAGAUGUUUGGACUUGACACCGGGUACGCGCUGGGUCUUCUUCUAUUGGGAUGCUGUCCCGGCGGUAAGAUUAGCAACGACCUAACUAUCCUACUCGACGCUGAUUAUACCCUUAGCGUAACGAUGACGGCUUGUUCGACGGCACUGGCUUUGGCAACGAUGCCCUUGAAUAUAUUCAUAUAUACCAGAUUCUUGAUUCAGUCAGAAAAUAUCGAAACGCCUUACGGCCAGAUUGCUAUGCAGAUAGCCAUUCUCAUGACCCCUAUCCUACUCGGAAUGUUGCUUAAGUAUAAGCUUCCAUCAAUCAAAGACAAGGUUUUGAAGAUUUUGAAGCCCAUUGUAGCAGUCGUAAUGUUAGCAUCUGCUGGCCUGCUGAUUCCGUUUACUUUGUAUAUCUUUUUGUCUCCCUUAUAUGUUUACCUUGCUGCUUUCCUGCUACCUGUAUGUGGAGCAUUCCUUGGUGGAUUUAUUGCAAAACUGCUGCAACUUCCGAACAAUAAAGUGGUUGCCAUUUCUAUGGAAACAGGGGUUCAGAACGGGUUGUUUGCUUUAGUUGUCCUUAGAGCCGUGUACCCUUCACCGGAAGCAGAUUUGGCUUCUUCGGCGCCAACUUUAUCCUUUCUGUCAAUGCUUCUUAUUGGCAUCGUACUGGUCAUCGGCAAGAUCGUCUACACCAGAUUUGUAAAGCGGAAGCAAGGCGAAGACACCGAAAAUAUCAUCAAGAUAGAGUCGGAUGACCAAGGCAAAGGAAAGGAGGAAAAUGGAAAGGCAGUUGUCCUCACCUCUAUAAACACGCUUGAUGAUGACCAAAUUAUAUGCAAAAACAACAACAAACUUGUCGGUAUCAGUUUUCCUGGUGGAGAUGCUGGUGGCGAUAGUGGUGGCGAUGGGAUUUUCUGUGGAUAG